ACGCACUCCACACAAGGAGGACAAAGUCUCGCAUCCACCGCUCUGCAACCACUGACCUCAAACACUCGCCAAAUGGCUUUCAAGCUCCUUGCAUUGGUUUCCUGCUGCCUGGCGGCCGCCUCCGCUGGACUCAUCCCCGUGGAGCAGCACGAGCAGCAGCCCCAGCUGUACCAGGCCCACCAGCCGCAGCACGUGAUCUACCAGAAGCAGCACGAGAUCCAUCCCCACGGCCACGAGGUCUACCCCGAUGAUCCGCAUCCCAAGUACAACUUCGCCUACGACGUGCAGGACGCCCUCUCCGGCGACUCUAAGAGCCAGGUGGAGUCCAGGGACGGCGAUGUGGUCCAAGGCGAGUACUCCCUCGACGACGCCGAUGGCUUCCGCCGCACAGUGAAGUACACCGCCGACUCCGUUAACGGAUUCAACGCUGUGGUUCACCGCGAGCCGCUGGCCCAUGUGCACCACAAGGUGGUGGCAGCUGCUCCCGCCCAGUACCACCACGCCCCCGCCCCCGUGAUCAAGAGCUAUGCCGCCCCCGCCCCCGCCUACGUGGCCCCCACCUAUGCCGCCCCCGCCCACGCCUACACCGCCCCCGCCUACCCCACCCACCAGGCGGAGCAGCCGCAGGAGCAGGAGCACCAGCAGCACCACUACGCCAGCUACGAGUCCCCCGCCCACUCGCAGGCCGCCCACGAGGGUCAUGAGUACUACCACCACCAGUAAGGGCCUCUCGACCGGAUCACAGAUCACCUGAACAGCGGAAGUAUUAACCCAUCACGAGAACUCAUUUAGCUAUUAGCCUAGCCGUGU